CAUCUCUAUACGUAAUUAUGAUUUCAUGUAUGAUAAAUUAAUAUCUAUUUAAAACUAACAUUACGCACAAUUGUUUUUCAUAAGUAUAAGAAUGGCAAUUGUUUUACUUGUUUGUAAAUGUUAUCGACGUUCACUGCAGCAAAGAAAAUACAUAUCAGUAACAGCCAAGCAGUACACGAGUAGUAUAGAUAUUUGAAUAUUUCAUACUAAACCAACAAUAUACGCUAAUAUAUUAUAACAGUGUGAUGCUAAUAAUUUCUGUAUACGUAACUUUAUUUAACUUUUAAAUAUUUUUGUUAAUAAUAAUAAUUAUGAAAUUAUGGAUUUGUUUAUUGUUUUAUUUGUUUUCACAGAUAUAUUGUUUGACGCAAAGUAUACAAAAUGUUUAUCCAAAACUGUUUAACGGAUUACAUUAUUCUAUUGACGUAUAUAGAAAUUACUUUAAACCAGUACACGGUUACACUAUCAAAAGAUUCCCAAAAAAUACCAAGAGAAAUCAUUACUACAAAAAAAGAUCUAAUAUCGAAUUCAUAGUAUUGCAUUACACCGAUGCAGAUUUUCGUAAUACAGUUUUGAUUUUUACUACGGCCAAUCCUGCUGGAGUCAGUUCGCAUUAUGUAAUUGCAAGGCCUACAGAAGCUGAACAAAAUAAACAAGUACUGCAGGUAUAAAUGUUACAUUUACCAUUUACGCCUAUGAUAUUAAAUAUAUGGAUAGAAUAAUAUACUAUUAAUCAGGGCUUACAAUUAUGUGCAAUAGAUAGCAAAUGUGCUGUGUGCAGUUCAUCACGAGCGUAAUCUCGAGGGUGUAAGGGGGCACACUUGCAUUUCCUCGAACUUUUGUGGGAGUGAAAUACUAUCAUUUUUCAUCCACUAAAUCGUCUAUAUUUCAAACGUACAAAUAAUGUCAAUCUAUUAAAUAUUUAUAAUGUAAUGAUAACGACGAUAAUAGAUUUACAGUUCUUUGAUUUUACAUAUGUAAACCGUUAAUUUUUUAUAUCUUCUGUUUUUCCUAUAGUGAGAAUACUGUAUUCUCAUCGCAGUUGUUUUCAUUAUAUGUACCAUGGACCAGCCCGUAAUAUUAUGUACCCAUUAAUCUUAACGGAUAUUGCUAGUUGUCAGAAACUUGAUAAAGAACUAGAUACAAUAUUUUUCUGUGGCCAACAGUUUUCUUUCGAAAUAAUUUUACCAUUAAUAAAUACCAUAAUUUUUGUAUUACGGCUCUUGUGCAUUAUCGGCUUUUCUAUUUCAAAAUGGGACUUGUCGACGCUAUUUUUCCAAAUUCACUGUGGUUAUAAAUUUCCGUAUUAUUUUCUGAAAACUAGGCAAGUCUUUAAUCUUAAAUGGGGAUUGUGAUACCGCAGUAUAGAUUAUUGGUGAUACCACGCGAUCACGAAAAUUGUUGCAUUGCUAUUAAUGAUCAAUGAUCAAUCCUAUUGCGAGUCUUUGCGAGCCGUAUUACUUAGAAUAUUAUUAUAACUGAUUAUAUUCAUAUUUAUUAUUAAAUACGAUUCUUUUAGAUUUUCGUUUACUUAAAUACGUAAAUGUCAACAUUUUGCACCCCCUGAAUUUUAACGAAAUUACGUCUAUGCAGUUCACAAUCGAUUGAUUCAGUACCUACAAUACUUAAAUACAAUCGCAUAUAAUAUAACAUAUUAGGUGAUUUUCCAUAUAAUUGUACUCGAUUGAAAAAUUAUUUCGAAAUUCUGAGUACAUUUUCCAAUUUUUUCACGCCACCGUACCUUGGAUAAUGCGGAAUCUCCCCCCGGCCAUACUUUAUUUAAAUAAUUUUUUGAAAUUCUCAACAGUUUAUCCUCUAGAUCCUCUAUUUGGUUUUAUUCUCAGAAAACAUUUUUUGGUCAGGAUAAAAAUGGUAUAACAAUUCUGUGGGACAUUCGAUAGAUAUGAUAAUACUUAUUUAAAUAUUUAAAUAAAUAAAACAAUUCAAUAGUAAUUAAUAAGUAUAGACAAUUUAAUUAAUAUCUAAAUACAUUUUUUUUGUAGGAUAAAUAAUACUAAUGCAUAGAGUUUUAAAAAACGAUAAGAAAAUAUGAACGAAGAGGGGGAUUUAGGGGUCUAUAAUCUUCUUAACUUAACCUAUAGCUAGAACAAAUAAAGCAAUGCGGGGUUAAAACACCCCAUUCCCCCCCAUGGCUACACCACUGAUUAUAGAAAACGCUCGACAAUGAAAAAUAUAUGAUUUUUUUCAAAUGUUAAACAAUUAUAUUUUUAAAAUUAAAAAAUUAAAAAUGUAAUAUAAUUUCAAAUGAGUAUUAUAAUUAAUAUUAUUUUCAGGUAGUCCCGGAAAAUUUUGUUGCAAAUCACGCCGGAAAAUCUAUGUGGGGCAAAACACAUUAUAUUAAUACCAAAUCAAUAGGUAUUGAAAUUGUAAACUAUGGAUAUAACAAAGACAACGGUACGUGGCAACCGUUUUAUCAAUCACAAAUCGACAUCGUCGGCUCGAUGGUGUCUCGAAUGGUCAAGCAAUACAAAAUACAGGCCAAUAAUGUGAUUGGACACUCGGAUAUAGCACCUAACCGAAAAAUCGAUCCAGGCGUCAUGUUCCCGUGGAGACAAUUGUAUAAGGUCUAUGGCGUAGGUGCUUGGUUAGAUGACCACGAAAUGAACGAGACAUUUAUCACAAGAAUGUACAAGCCAAAAAUACCGUGUCCACGUGUAGUGAACCAGAAGGUGUUUGUUCAAUAUUUAAAAGCAUAUGGAUACAAUACGAGCAGUUGGAAACAAGCUACUAUGGCUUUUAAGGCACACUUCACAGCCAAUCAAAAGCCUCUUUUGUAUACCUCAAAAAUAACUAAAAAUGACAUGUACUGGAUUUGGGCUUUGGUAGCUAAAUAUAUUACGCAUUAAUUCGGCAAGUAUCGUGGAAAACGAGACUGGAUGUGAACAACGUAACUAUGAAUCGAUUGCGACGAUACGACAAUAUUAUUAUCAAUUGAUCAUACCUAUCACAUCGAAAUUAAAUUCUAACCACAAUUCAUUUUAAUCGGUCAAUACUACCAGCUAUAUCAGCUAUUUUGUAAAUAUAGUGGUUUUCGUAUCACAUUACAUUAGUAAAAAUAAGUUAUACGAUUAGUUCUUCGUUAAUUUUAUGGUACCAGUGGCGGUCAAAUUAUUUUGUCUCGUAGUGGGAGGGGGAUCGAGAUAAGGUUGAUUUUUUAAUAACUAUUUGUUACAUUAUUUACUAUUUAUAAAUAUAUAGCUAAUAUAAUAUGUACAUAUUUUAUCAAAAUAUUGAAGGGACAAAGUGGUUGAUCUCUGGCUUUCAGGGUGAAGUAUACAAUAUAAAUAAUCAAAAACCAUACGGAACAACUUUUUUUCAUAUAUCCUCAUUAAAAAUAAAUCGAUGAAUUUGGAUUUUCACAUUUUAUGCCAGUUCCAUAAGCCAUGAGAUUUCCGUAAAAUCGGUAGGAAAAUGCGAAAAUCAAAAAUCUGACUGAAAGAAUCCUAAACGUUUUUGAUAUUUUGAAAUUUAUUUUCCCGUCCCAAACGCCAUGUAUCGUGCGAAAAACAUCAUUGGGAAGGAUAUAUGCCCCUCAUAUGCCUCUAUAAGGUACCUGCCUAUGUAUUAUAUUAUACAAUCAUACAAUAUGUGUUAGAAUAUUAUUAUAUUAUGUUUAAUGGUACUAUUAUAGUCCAUACAGACUACGUACUCAAUACAUACCUACUGUAAUCAAUUUUAAAAAACGAUAAUUUUUAUUUAUUUUUUUUUUCCAUCAUCAAUGAUUCACAGCGUAUAGUAUGUCCAGUCUGUAUUUUACCAGUCAUUCUAGUCUAUUGUGUGGUCUGAAUAUAAAUGUAUAGCACGCGACUGAUUGUCAUGAACUGUUAAGGAAACUUGCCUAAGCGCCAUAAUGGAAUGUCAAAUAGCUUUUAUCCAUAGAAUAAUGAUUUUUCAUUCAUACGCUGUAAAAUGUAAUACCUAUUUACUAGAGUUCUCAAUAAAAAAAAAAAAAAAAACAAACAUUAGUACUCUUCUUUUAUCGCAUACUCUUAACGCGUACUUAUAUAUAAUAACAUAUCCUGCAAUGAAAACACUUAAAACAUAGUAAAAUUAAAAUUAAACGAAUCAAUUUAAUAGUUUUAGUCAAUUUGAAUU